AUGUCGCUGGACUGGGAUGUGGGACGUCGGCGGAGAUGCACGCAGGACAGCAUGGAUUUCCACCGGUCUGGCCACUACCGGAGAUGGUCUGUCUGCGACCAGCACUGCUCUACCGGAAACACACAGGGUGAUCAGCGGGACCUCCACGCUAGCUCCCACCACCACAGCAUCCUGACUCCCAGGAUCGUCCCAGUGAUUUCAAACUCUUCCUCCUGCCCGCUGCAUUCUGAGGAAGUGCAGACAUGCGACGAUUGCCGGGCGAAAACCGCCAUCACCGCCGAGAACGAAGUGGAGGCGCAAAAGCUUUCCAACAACUACAUGUUUGGUUUUAAGAAAUGGAAGAGCCACGUGACAGCCAGGCCCUGGGCGAACCGUUCUGAAAUCGUGAAAGAGCUCUACUCGGAUCUGAAUGUGAUUAAAAGCUCCGCAGGUAAAAACCAUACCAUCACGUUUGGCAACCUCAUCUACCUGCUCCUCUUCGGGUGGUGGCUCUCCCUGAUCUACGUCCUGGUCUCUGUGCUGAUGUUCCUCACAGUGGUGGGGGCGCCGUACGGGAAAUUAUGUUGGAAACUUGCUGGUUACUUCAUCUGGCCUUUUGGAAUAGCAAUUCAGAAGACCAAAGAGUACAAUCAGAAUUCCCACGUGAGGUUCAGCAAAUACGACACCAUUGCGGAAGUGAAUGAGAGCAAGGAAGGGACCCCCCUCCUCAUCCGGCAGGAGCCGGCUUGCAAGUACUCCCCUGACUCUCGCUGGUGGCAGGUGAGCACCUACGCCUGGCUCUUCCUGGGCUACCCCUUCCUCUGCUUGGCCCAUGGGCUGGCCUGCUGCGUCUCCUGGCUCUUGGUCUUCGCCAUCCCGGUGUCCAAGAUGAACUCCCGCAUGAUCACCAAGGUCUUGCUGCUGCCCCCGGAUCGUGUGCUGGUGCAGCGCCUGCGGAAGACGGAGGUGCCCCUGGAUGCCGAUGUGAUUCUCUGCUGCUACCGCGCAUUUAACCCGUACUAUUACAAAUACGCCGUGGAGGGGAUCAAUGUCUUUGCUGUCAAUCUGAUUCUCCUCGUGAUCGUGACUCUGGUCCUGGGCUACGCUGACAAACACAACCAUUAUACCACCUCUAUGGUGAAGUUCACCCUGGCUCUGGUCUCCAUCAUGCCGCUGUCAUACUACAUUGGCAUGGCGAUUGCGAGCAUCUCCGCCCAGAGUAACUUUGCAGUGGGGGCCGUGGUGAACGCCACGUUCGGCUCCAUCACUGAAUUGACAUUUUACAUCACGGCGCUCAUCAAAGGCGUGCGUGAAAAGAACAAGUGCUAUGACGAAAUCGUCAAAUCUGCUUUGACGGGGACUCUCCUGGGCUGCGUCCUUUUCAUCCCGGGCUUGUGCAUGGUGAUUGGAGGGACCCGGCACCAAGAGCAGAGGUUCAACAGCCGGUCAGCUGGGGUCAGCUCUGCACUUCUCUUCCUGUCUGUGGGAGGAGUCUUUGCUCCCACCCUCUUCUCCAAAGUGUACGGGCGGCUGGUCUGCGGGGAAUGCCAGAACGUCACCCAAGCGCCUGUGGGGCACUACAUCUGCCAGGACUGCCACUUUGACUCGAUGGGGAACAACGGUACUCUGUACUACAGUCAUGUUCAGCCCCUGGUGUACACCGUGUCGAUCCUGCUUCCUGUGGGGUACCUCAUUGGGCUCGUCUUCACCCUGAAAACUCACUCCCACAUCUAUGACAUCCACAUCAGUGGCUGCCACAUGCCCAGCCGUGGCAACCACCACCAGCCGGUGGUCCACUGGUCCCGUUUGAGGGCCCUGGUCAUCCUCCUGGUGUCCACUGCGGGCAUGUCGGCCUGUGCUGACCUGGCCACCGAGCACAUCAGCCCCAUCCUCAGCAGCUCGACGGUGUCACAGUAUUUCAUCGGGGUGACGGUGCUCGCCAUGGUGCCGGAGAUUCCCGAGAUCGUCAACGGGAUCCAGUUUGCCCUGCAGAACAAUCUCAGCUUGAGCAUUGAAAUCGGGAGCUGCAUCGCUGUCCAGGUUUGCAUGCUGCAGAUACCCAUCCUGGUCCUUUUCACAGUCUUCUAUGAUACGGACUUCAUCCUGGUCUUCAGUGACCUUCACGUGUAUGCCAGCAUGUUCAGCGUGGUCCUGAUGAACUACAUCUUUAUGGAUGGCAAGUGUGACUACUUCCAAGGGACGGUGCUGGUGAUGGUCUACUUCAUCCUCCUGGCGGUCUACUUCUUCUCCCCCUCACCUGCGGGAUGCUGAACUGGAG